AGAAUACAAGCGGAAGUAAAUAGUCACUAAUGGCAUGGUUAGCUAGUGAGAGGGGAUAAAGUAGCAAGUGAUGCGCGGACGGUCCAUAAGUUUAACGGAUACGAGUCAUUUAUCGCCUUUAGAGUUACUUGGUUGAGCGCUGAUAAAUAAUAGACUCACCCAGCCUUCGUCUCCAUAAUAAAUUGACUACGAGAGUGGAGGAAGCGUGCAACACGUUUGUACCCUGGAACGACAUAUGCUAACGUGGCUAAGUUGGGCAACGUUAUCGCGGCUGUUUAGCUAACGUCGUUUUAGCACCACAGCCUAGCCAAAGACUAAAAGAGGAUAGUUUCACCAGCUAAUCUCGGAUACACUUUUAAACAGAUAUUUAACGUCACCCCAGCUAGCGUUAACUCUGGCCGCGGGGGAAGGAAGGUUAAUUUGGAUCUAAGAUGAUCAUUGAAAACCUUGAUGCCUUGAAAACAUGGCUGUCUGAUACUCUCGAGCCUAUCUGUGAUGCAGACCCUUCUGCCCUUGCAAAGUAUGUUGUUGCUUUGGUGAAGAAAGACAAAAGUGAAAAGGAACUUAAAGCCCUGUGUAUAGACCAGUUGGAUGUAUUUCUUCAGAAAGAGACCCAGCCAUUUGUGGACAAGCUGUUUGAAGCCAUUAACAACAAAAACUACCUCCCCCAGCCAGAGCAGCAAUCCUCUGUAGUCAAAGUGGAGAAAGAUGAGCAGAAAAAAGAUGAGGUUCAGACAAAUCGGGAGGAAGAGCGGGAGAAGAAGUUUCCUCGGCGAAUGAAUCACAGUCCUCUGCAAUCAAGCUCACGCUACAGCAGAGAUAGCAGGAGAGGAGAUGACCGUAAGAGAGAUGACCGCCCAAGGAAGAGGGAUUAUGAACGCAACCCACCAAGGAGGGACUCUUACCGCGAUCGGUACAAUCGCAGGAGAGGCCGCAGUCGUAGUUAUAGUCGUAGCCGCAGCCGGAGUUGGAGCAAGGAUCGCAUGCGAGACCGCGACAGAGAGAGGGAUAGGGAUAGAGACAGGGAUAGAGAUAGGGAUCGAGAUCGCAGCCGGAGCAGGUCACACAGCAGAACCCGCUCCAGAACCAGGAGCAGAGAACGAGAUUCUGGGAAGUUGAAGUAUGAUCAUGAUCACAGGUCAGAAAGUAGCGAUAACUACACCCCAGCAGUCCUGGUCUCCACUGCGACCACGUCACAUUUCCCUGUGCCAACACUGAGCAGCACCAUUACAGUCAUCGCCCCCACCCAUCAUCACAGUAACAACACCACGGAGAGUUGGUCAGACUUCCGCCCUGAGCCCCCUGUUGAUCGUGGUCCUUUUAAUAGGGGACUACCCCCUCAACAGAGGAAGCGAUGUCGGGACUAUGAUGAAAAGGGAUUCUGCAUGAGAGGGGACAUGUGUCCUUUUGACCAUGGAAGUGACCCAGUUGUGGUGGAGGAUGUCAAUUUGCCCAAUAUGCUGCCCUUCCAACCUCCGCCAAUGCCAGGAGUGGAUCCACCACCACCCCCAGGCCUUCCACCACCACCUCUCAUGAACCCCCCACCAGUGAACAUGCGGCCCCCUGUGCCCCCACCGGGCUCGCUCCCACCCAGCCUUCCACCUGUUGCAGGUCCGCCUCCUCCGCUUCCUCCACUGCAACCAUCAGGCAUGGAUGCUCCUCCCAAUUCUAUCACCAGCUCUGUUCCCACUAUUGUCACUUCUGGGAUGCGGCCCUCCCUUCCCCAGGCCCCAGUGCCACUCUUCACCCCAGACAACUAUGAGUCAGAUGUGUACAAUCCUGAGGCUCCCAGCAUCACUAAUACUUCCAGGCCGAUCUACCGCCACAGAGUCAAUGCCCAGAGACCCAACCUGAUUGGCCUCACAAUGGGGGAGGUGGACCAGCCGCAGAGAGAUAAGAUUCCAAACAAUAGUAUGAGGAUCGUUAUGGAGUCUGAUUCAAGAAAGAGACCAGCUGUCUCCCAUGAUGGAGGCCUCCCUUGCAAGAAACCUUGGUUUGACAAACCCAACUUUAACAAACCAAACCACCAGGGUUACCACAAAAGAGUCCCAUUCUCUCCGAACGCCAAGCUGCUGGUUCGGCAGAUUCCCCCUGAGCUCAACAACAUCAGCAAACUCAAUGAACAUUUCAGCAAGUUUGGCACCAUCGUCAACCUACAGGUGGCCUACCAGAAUGACCCAGAAGGUGCGCUGAUCCAGUUUGCCUCUCCAGACGAGGCCAAGCGAGCUGUGCAAAGCACAGAGGCCGUUCUCAACAACCGCUUCAUCAGGGUGCACUGGUUUCGUGACGAUGGGAAUGAUGGCCAGUCUAACUCACAGCAGCAGCCUCAGACACAGCCAGCCAUGCAGCCCUCAGCCACGUCUCUGAAGCAGUCUGUCAAAGACCGCCUCGGACCCAUGCUCAGUGCCAACUCUGAGCCCCCCCAAGAUUCCAUCCUGGCCUCUCAGAAUCCUUCCAAAAUGUCAGUUAAGGACCGUUUGGAUUUCUCUGCCAAACCAACAGCUCCUGUUGACAAAUCCCCUUUUCAGGUCUUUUCGACGUCUGUUGGCCUGACAAAGACUGUGUACAAUCCUGCUGCCCUGAAGGCAGCCCAGAAAACCUCAGAGGAAGCCUUGAAGAAGAAGCAGGAAGCUCUAAGACUACAGCAGGAUGUGAGGAAGAAGAAACAGGAAAUACUGGAGAAGCACAUUGAGACACAGAAGCUCCUUAUAUCCAAACUUGAGAAGAACAAAGCAAUGAAGGCAGAAGAUAAAGCCAAGAUCAUGGAAACACUUGACAUGUUGACCAAGAGUAUCACCAAGCUGCAAGAGGAGAUAAAGGGAAUCUCAAGCAGCAGCAACCCACUACGCACUGCCAAGAGCAAGGCCCAGGCACAGAAGGAACUGCUAGAUGCAGAGCUGGACCUGUACAAGAAGACUCAGGCUGGAGAGGACACUGCUGUGUUGAAGAUGAAGUACACCCAGCUGCAGAUUGAGGCAGCCAAAAGGGGACUCCUGUCACCAGGAAGAGGCCGGGGGGUCCAUACUCGGGGCCGUGGUGCUCUCAGGGCCCGGGGAAGGGGCUCCAGAGGGCGGGGAAGAGGCGUGCCUCUACAUGCAGUCGUGGACCAUCGACCACGAGCGCUGGAGAUUUCUGGUUUCACUGAGACAGACCGUGUGGACUUGCUGCCACACUUUGCUCAAUUUGGAGAGAUUGAAGAUUGCCAGAUUGAUGAAAACAACCUGUCUGCAGUCAUCACUUACAAGUCGAGAGCGGAAGCAGAGCAGGCGGCUCUUCAUGGGGUGAGGUUCAACAACCACACUUUACGCCUCUCCUGGCACAAGGCCGCCAUGACGCUCAGUCCAGUGGAUGCUGACGAGGCAGAACCAGAGGAGGAUGAGUACCCGGAAGAGUCGCUGAGUGACGACGCAUUGCUGCAGGAUGAUGACGAGGAAGAGGACGACAACGAGCCGCGCUCCUGGCGCAGAUGAAAAUGAGUCAGACGCUCUUCCUGGCUGCAUUGCUGUGGAAGAUGAGCAACAGUCCAGCAACUUUAUAAGAUUUCAAUGCCUGUUUAUAAAUCAACAAAGGCACAUUUCACAUUGGAUAGACCUUUUUUUUCCAUUCACAAUAUUUAACUGGCAGAAGAACCAUGUGCGAGUUUGAUUAUUUUUAACAAUUUAACAAUGGUGUUUUUUUUAUUGCUCUUAAUGUAGAAAUAGUUCUCUCUUUUUUUGUUAUUUUGGUUCACAAAACACAAAUAGUUUGUCUAGACAUCUGACAGUGGAUCACUUGUUGAACUUUCAGUUUAAGAAACAAAACCUGUGUUGUAAUUUAACUGAAUGACAGACUGUAGCUUUUGCAGAAUAGUAUUAGGCUGACUGAUUUAAAUGCUCAUGUGUAAAUAUUUUAUGUCUGUGUUCAAACAAUUUGUAUGAAAGCUUGGCUUCUCAGUUCUUGGCUUUUCUUUGGAUUGUACAAAAAAAUAAAGAAUUGAAAUGGUCAGAAAACAACCUGCCAAAAACAAAACCAAAAAAAAAAUACAAAAAAAGACAAAAAAAAAUGUGGCAGUGAAAAAAGAAAACAAGCUGUAAAAUGACCAUUUCAAAAAAAAACAACAAAAAAACUUCCUCUUCCACUAAAGAGCAAAGUUCCUGCAAAAUUCCUACAUCAAUUUUUUUUCUUUUGAUCUUGGAGCGGUAAGGUAACCAUGUGUACAACACUGAAGGUAAGACCAUCACAUAAUCCGAUUGUAUUUUUUUAUACAGCGUGUUCAGAUAAGUUCUAAUUAUUGCCUCACCUAACAAUCUUUAUUCAGAGAGCUCAACUGAAAUAUACUCCAUGUAAAUACUAAUACAACAAUAACAGAAUAUUUGUGUUUUCUUUGUUGCAGGAGCCGUCUGCCUGCAGUGUCCAUCUACAGCUCCUCUCUAAUAUUUUCAAAUGUUUUCUUGUGUGUGUUGCAACUGUCUUUAUUUGGUGAUGUCUUAAAAUACGUUUUUAAAUCAUUUUGGUGAUUGUGUGCUAAUUUCCUGCUACAAGUUCUUGAACCGGUUAAUGACGUGCAACACUAUCCAAGAACUACUUAUUUUAAUGCUGUUAUCUCAAGUUAAAACAGUUUAUUAUUUUUUGUUUUUUUCAUUAACAAGGUGCACAGAGUGCUGGUAGAUCUAUGCUGCUUUGGGUUGAGUUGUACAUGUAAUUAUUUUAUAGUUUUGAUACUUUAGAUACUCUCAAAUGGGGUUUUGGUAUCAUUUUACCUGUAUCAUGAAAACACUAAAGCUGAGAACAGCUGUAUGUUCAGUUAAAUAAUAUAAUGCCAUCACCUCAAGAUCAUGUGUUAAUUACAGCGUCAUCGCAUGAGAUGGCUUGUAUUCAGAGCUUGUUUUCUUGCGACAAAGAACAUAAUCAGCUUGUUAAAAGGUUGAUCACUCAUGUUAGGCCACUUAAGAUAUUCACCAGAGAUCAACAGCUCACGCAUGGCAGCAUUUGUAGAUGGUGUUUUGACACAGCAACAGAUUUAUGCUGAAAAUGUCAGAUGGAGGAAGAGCCUUUAUUGAUCAACGCAUCAGACUGUUCUUCAAUUGUGAACUUUCUUUAUUAUAGAAUAGGAUGUACUUGGGUGGCAUUCAUGCCAUACUGUGAUCAUUGUAAUUAUGAGUUUUUUUAACUUCACACGUCAACGUUGAAAACCCACAUUAAACCCACAUUUAACAGGAA